CUGAGGGAGUAUUACAUAUAUUUGUAUGUUUACACAUGUGUGUAUGAAUUAUGAUAUCCUAAUUAGUUGCCUUUGUUGGCAGAAACUAGGAAGCUUUAUGGAAAUGCUAUUUAGUGGUCGCUAUGUGCUGCUCUUAAUGUCAAUAUUUUCAAUUUACUGUGGAUUGAUAUACAAUGAGUUUUUCUCUGUCCCCUUCCACAUAUUUGGGAAGUCAGCAUACAAAUGCCGAGAUGCUACAUGCAGCGAUGCACGCACUGUUGGUUUAAUGAAAUAUAGAGACCCUUAUCCAUUUGGCGUGGACCCAAGUUGGCGAGGUAGCCGUUCAGAACUGCCUUUCUUGAACUCUCUUAAGAUGAAGAUGUCUAUUUUAUUUGGUGUGGCACAAAUGAACCUGGGCAUUAUUUUAAGUUACUUCAAUGCCCGCUUCUUCAGCAAAUCGCUUGAUGUGAAGCAUCAAUUUGUUCCACAGAUGAUUUUCCUGAACAGUCUUUUUGGAUAUCUUUCACUUCUCAUUAUUGUCAAAUGGUGCACUGGUUCGCAAGCAGAUCUCUACCAUGUUAUGAUAUACAUGUUCCUUAGUCCCUUUGGUGAUCUUGGCGAAAAUAAAUUGUUUAGGGGGCAGAAUGUGCUUCAGGUCAUAUUGUUGCUUUUAGCCGUUGUUGCUGUUCCCUGGAUGCUCUUUCCGAAGCCAUUUAUUUUGAAGAGACUCCACAUGGAGAGAUUUCAAGGUCGUACAUACCGGAUCCUUGGAACCUCUGAGAUGGAUAAUGAAGAGGAACCUGAUUCUGCCAGGGAACAUAAAGAGGAGUUUAAUUUCAGUGAGGUUUUUGUGCAUCAAAUGAUACACUCGAUUGAGUUUGUCCUUGGUGCUGUGUCUAAUACAGCUUCAUAUCUACGGUUAUGGGCUUUGAGUUUGGCUCACUCGGAACUAUCUACUGUGUUGUAUGAGAAAGCUCUACUCUUUUUUUGGGGGUAUGAUAACCUCAUCGCGCGACUGAUGGGGAUGUCGCUCUUUGCCUUUGGGACAGUUGGGAUACUACUCAUGAUGGAAACUCUCAGUGCUUUUCUCCAUGCUUUACGUCUUCAUUGGGUGGAAUUCCAGAACAAGUUUUAUCACGGCGACGGCUACAAGUUCAAGCCAUUCUCCUUUGAGUCGCUAGCGCAUGAUGACGGUUGCUAAUACACAACACCCACUAUAAGGUAACUGAACACUACUUCACAGUACCCAAUUUUGGUUGCCUUGAAAAUUCCCCAUCCUUUAUGGGUCAGAAUUAUUGUUUUUUAUAGUUAGUAUUACAAAGGAACAUGAGCAUGGGUGAUAGAGCUGUUUAUAGAUGGUAAAAGUGUAUACUUUUCUCGUAUACGCCUUUCGAUCCAUCUUCUCCUCUAAUCGGAGGAAAUUGAGACAAUUGUAAAUGAGUUUUUUGUGCUUCCAUUUUGUUUUUAUAUAGGCAGCAGAUGGUAGAAAUGUGAAUUUGAUACCCUGUAAUGUGGUUAAAUUAUACGAAAUACAUUGAUUGGAAAAGUUUAUUUAAAAAUUAAAUCUAUGUUGGAGUU